CACAAACAUCCACAUGAAAAGGAAAAACGUGAAAGUCAAUGGAAUAAAAAGAACAUUUUUAAAUAAAAUCAAUUUAUCUUCAUUAAGGAUACUCUUAACCUUUCGUUGACCCCUAAGAGUACUUGUAUUUGAUUCCUCCUAACAAUAUCACUUCUUAGUCAAGUACUAUAAUGUCAUAACAACAAAAGAAAUGGUCCACAACUAAAGAAGCUCUUGACUGUCUAAUAAAUUCUACUUGUCAACAUCUCAGGAAAUGUAUAGUACAAAGAAUAUGCAUGCUGAUGUUAGGGUGUGAAUUUAGGUUGGAGAAUUAUGACAGUGGUACAUUAAUUUAUUAUGGUAAUAUUGACCAACUGGCUAAAUGAAAAGGAAAUCUUUUUAAGUCAAUUAUUAUUAAAUUAUUAUUAGGGGCAUUGAUGAGUAGCACAGUCACCCCGCCAUUUUGGACUUGAGUGCCUUUGCUAACGAAUAUCGUCGGGAAGGUUUAACCACUAAAUCUUACACUUUCCACGAUGAAAGCUUAGUUAUCCCACCUUAUUUUGGUGUAAACAAAUUAUGGUUUGCGACGAUGCUAAAAUUUUAAAAAAUAAAUAUUUCUUGAAAAUGCGCGAUUUUCUGAGUGUAACGCGUAACAUGAAAUGUGUAAGACGGAAGAAAAAAAGGAAAUAUGUCAAUAUCGAAUGCACGUGGAUCCAUUGUUUUUUGGCCGUUAGUAGUUUAUGACAAAUGCAAAAGGCAGUAAGAUUUGCAACAAGAAUGGUUUAUUCUAAUGUAAGUUAUAAAUGUCUGUUUUUAUCACUGAACGAUGUAACGCUCUAACUCUUAAAGCAACCAACGUGUACAACACUAGUAAAAAAUGACAAUUCCGACUGUGUAAGAAACAAACAAAUAACAAACAUGUCAUGGGCAUACAUCAUAGUAUUUACAAACCAACGCUGAAGUUCAACCAUCAAGUACAAUACUUUCUAGAUCAAAAUAAAACGUGCGGAAACACAUUUCGUAAUGGCCAUAUUGAGCUCAAUUCCAUCACAUAUCCACCAACUGAUCCGUUGUCGGACGGGAUUCUGGUUAAGUUGAAUAAACAAAGUUACAUCUCCUGAAAUGGGCUUGUGUUAAGCUAACUUUACAGAACGUUUCAGCCCAUUUCGUUGGAUCUAACGCUAGAAAUUUACGUUUGAUCGACGCGGAAACACUUUCAGCCAUUGCUACCGUGUUCAUGAACCGUAACGAAGGAAAGUGACGAAGAAAUAAGGCGAAGACCACGUCCAACACUCCGCAACAUGGGCUCCUUCGCAGCCUUCUCUUUGAAAGAACAUCGAUCGUUAACAUAUAACACAUUAGGGGAGUACAUAGAGUGUUUUCAGGGGCAGGCUAUUGCAUAAUAAUGAAUGUAUUACGUGAUUUUCAACACGAGCGUCAUUUUCACUGAGGGAAUUCAUCCGCAUCCGAUGGAAACAAAGGAGUCCAAUCUAAAUCCAGGUAUUUCGCGAAAGAAGGCGGCACAAGAAAAAAAAGCAGCGGCGAAAAGAGCAAGGGAGAAGGCCUACUACCAACAAAACAAGGAAAAAAAGAUUGCUCAAAUUAAAGAACGACGAAAAAAAUUGCAAGCCGAGAAAUCAAUUCGACCGCAGACGCGAAGCAUUGCCGAAAAAACCAAACGGCAACAAAAAGAAACGGAACACAGAGAAGCUUCUCGUACCGCAGCUCAAGAAAAAAGAGACAAGAAAAGGCAGCAAACAAGAGAAAGAGUGAGAAAAUACCGUGAAAAGAAGCGAACAAAAGCGCAAGAUUAUGAUAAUAUCGUGGAUUAUCCAGGUUUCGCAAACCGCAUGUCGAAAAAACGUGCUACCGAUAAAGUUAAGAAGACACUCCCUUCCACGCCCCGAAAGAAGGCGGAGAUUGUUCAAAGCAUCGUCAAAAGCCCACGGACAAGAAAAGUUUUAUGUGAGGGUGGUCUGCUAAAGACUCCUGAAGACGAAAAGGAAACCGAAACUUUAAGGGCACUUGCUUCUGAUAUUUCUGAAGGAUUGAGCCACGUUAAGCGUUCAGGAUCAAAUGAAAAACGGACCGUGUUUAAAGCAUUUAAAUCUCUUGCUUUUGGAGAAGAAAUUAAGAAAGCAAAGGCGAAAAAAUCUGUUGGCAAACUUGUCAACCUUGGUGAAAAGAGUAUCAGCAGAGCCAUCGAACACCGUGAAAAAAUUUUGAAAGGGGAAGUGGAAAACUGGCUGUACGCAAAACGAAAAGUUAGAGGAGACGCCCUUACAGACGAAGAGAGCAAAGUGAUCUAUGAUUACUGGACAAACACAGCAAGCCGACCCACAGGAGACAAAAAAGAUUUUUCAAGGAAAAGAAUUGGAAAGAAGGAGUACAUUCACCAUGCAAAGCAUGUGCUUGAAAAGACACAAACCGAGGCGUUCAUUGAAUUCACCAACCUUCAUCCUGAAAUUAAGGUAAAACAAAGAAAGUUUGAAACCUUGAAACCUUUUUUUGUCAGGCAGGCCAGGGAAAGAGACAGAAAGUCUUGUUUGUGCAGAAAACAUGUGGAAACACAGAUUGUUUUCUCUACAUGCAUGAAGUUUAGAAAAGCAGCCAUGAAAACCUCUGCUGGGGAAGACACGUCAGUUUUAGUACCCAAAACAUUGUCUGAGGUUGUGGAGUCAACCCUAUGCUCUAAACCAGAAGGUGCUCCAUUCCACAACAUCAAGUGCCUGCAAAGAGAGUGCGACCAAUGUGGUGUAGCUUUGUUCAAGCUUCUUCCUACUGAAACUUCAGAUGAGGGAUCUGUAAAAUGGUCACGCUAUGACUACAUUCCAACUGGAAAGUUUCUUGCCAAUGGUCAAGAAAAAAAGAAAAUUGCACUUAUCCAGAAAGAAACACCCCCAUCAGAGCUUUUUCAGUAUUUCAGGGAGCUCCUUGCAGUCUACCCCAGUCACUCUUUCAUGGCAAAAUGGCAACGGGAGCAACUCGACAACUUGCUCGACAACCUUCCUGUAGGCCAUGUGGUGUGUGUGCAUGACUAUUCCGAAGGUUACACUUGUCGGCAGCAAGAUGAAAUCCAAUCAGAAUACUUCGAUGUUGCCAAAGUGUCCUUACAUGUCACCAUACUUCAUCGCCAUGCAGUAGAAGAAGUUGAUGGAGUAGCAAGCACUGAAGAAGACCCUCAUCUUGUGAAGGAACACAUAUUUGUCAUUUCUGAUGACCCUGUCCAAGAUUAUGACAGUGUUCACACGAUGCAAGAGUUCAUUCAAAACUAUUUGACCAAUGAUUUGGGCUACAACACACAGAUGAUGCACGAGUUCACUGACGGAUGUGCUGCUCAGUACAAAUCCCGGCACUGCAUUGGUGAUCUUUCUUGUUCCCUCGCUGACUUUGGCUUUCCCAUCCAGAGAAACUACUUCGAGACCUCACAUGCCAAGGGAGAACAGGAUGCUGCAGGUUCUCACGUAAAGCAAAAAGUCAGCCAAGCUGUCCUCAGAAGAACAGCUACCAUCACUAGUGCUAGAAGCAUGCAUGACUUCUUAGUCCAGCACUUUUCCCAGCCAGCACCAUCAAGCUUCUCAGCAAGAACAAAGUCAGUUCAGCUAAAGCGCAGGAUCUUUCAUUUUGUGCCAUCUUCUGGGGAGGGAUCUGUUGUCAGGAAUAGAGCUGGACGCAAAUUCACAGAGUUAAAAGGAAUCAGAAAACUGCAUUGCGUGAAGACCACUCCUCAGCAGGGAAAGGUGUUUGUGCGACACCGUUCAUGUUACUGCAUUAGUUGCAUUGUGAAUGAUGAGGAGAACUGUACUAACAAGGCAUGGCUUGAUGAAUGGAAGAUGGUGGAGCUAGCCAGAGAGGGUGAUUUGGCAACCACUCGACAGGCAACUGAAGCACCAAUUUUAGACCACGACACUGCUUCCUACAUAGCUGACCUGGCCAGCAAGGGAAGUACAGUUGCCAUAGCUGCUGAAGAUGAUCCUGUCUAUGACUUCUAUCUCCUUCAGGUCACUUCUGAUGGAGUUGAAGAACUUGACAGUAAUGUCACAGAUGAUUAUCAGUGUCAUUAUUACAGAGGUGACAGAGUUCUCAAGGGGCACUUUUAUAUAAGGGAGAACAUUCAUGACAUGACUUUCACAAUUGACGAAAAACGGAAGGCCUUUGUACAUGCUGCUACUGUCCGUCACAUUUGUGGUGACCUACCAGUCAGAAAGAGAGGGCGAAAGUCUAUUUACAAACUCCCUUUGAAAGAAAAUGAGGAGAUCAUUGCUUCGAUGUGAAAUAAAAAUUACAAAACCCUUUUUUCCCCAUUUUUACAUUGAAUUUUUUAAGAUUUUAUGAGAAUACAAAAUGUGCCACGCCCACAAGGGAUUCUGGGUAAUGCCAAAAUUAAUGUUAUUAGUGCAAAAUAAUAAAAAUAUUUACAGAUAUUGAUUACAAUGUACAUUUCAAUCAAAAUUAAAGGCAAAAAGUGACAAAAAGAGAAAAAAAUUUAAAAAAAUUAUUUUUGGACUAUGUUACAGCAAAUGGCUAUGUGACUGUGCUAC